GCCGUGUGUCUCCUCCUCCGCCGCCGCCAUAUUGUCUGUGUGAGGAGAGGGGAGAGCGGCUGCGAUAGCGGCCGCUUCCACCACAGUCUGAAGAAAACAGGUCUGAAACAAAGUCUUCACUCCACCCCCCAGCUGCUUCUGAACACGGUGACUGCCAGAUCUCCAAACAUCAAGUUCAGCUUUGUUCGCCAACCUGUCUGACAUGUCGGGACCCGUGCCAAGCAGGGCCAGAGUUUACACAGAUGUUAACACACACAGACCCCGAGAAUACUGGGAUUACGAGUCACAUGUGGUGGAAUGGGGAAAUCAAGAUGACUACCAGCUGGUUCGAAAAUUAGGCCGGGGUAAAUAUAGUGAAGUAUUUGAAGCCAUCAACAUCACAAAUAAUGAAAAAGUUGUUGUUAAAAUUCUCAAGCCAGUAAAGAAGAAGAAAAUCAAGCGUGAAAUAAAGAUUUUGGAGAAUUUGCGAGGCGGUCCCAACAUCAUCACACUGGCAGACAUUGUAAAAGACCCUGUGUCACGAACUCCCGCCUUGGUUUUUGAACACGUAAACAACACAGACUUCAAGCAAUUAUACCAGACGUUAACAGACUAUGACAUUCGGUUUUACAUGUAUGAGAUUCUGAAGGCCCUGGAUUAUUGUCAUAGCAUGGGAAUUAUGCACAGAGAUGUGAAGCCCCAUAAUGUCAUGAUUGAUCAUGAGCACAGAAAGCUACGGCUAAUAGACUGGGGUUUAGCUGAGUUUUACCAUCCUGGCCAAGAAUAUAAUGUCCGAGUUGCUUCUCGAUACUUCAAAGGUCCUGAGCUACUUGUAGACUAUCAGAUGUACGAUUAUAGUUUGGAUAUGUGGAGCUUGGGCUGUAUGCUGGCAAGUAUGAUUUUCCGGAAAGAGCCAUUUUUUCACGGACAUGACAAUUAUGAUCAGUUGGUGAGGAUAGCCAAGGUUCUGGGGACAGAAGAUUUAUAUGACUAUAUUGACAAAUACAACAUUGAAUUAGAUCCACGUUUCAAUGAUAUCUUGGGCAGACACUCCCGUAAGCGAUGGGAACGCUUUGUCCACAGUGAAAACCAGCACCUUGUCAGCCCUGAGGCCUUGGAUUUCCUGGACAAGCUGCUGCGAUAUGACCACCAGUCACGGCUCACUGCAAGAGAAGCCAUGGAACACCCCUAUUUCUACACUGUUGUGAAGGAUCAGGCUCGAAUGGGCUCAUCUAACAUGCCAGGAGGCAGUACGCCUGUUAGCAGCGCCAAUAUGAUGUCAGGGAUUUCUUCAGUGCCAACCCCUUCACCCCUCGGACCUCUGGCAGGCUCACCAGUGAUUGCUGCUGCCAACCCCCUCGGGAUGCCUGUUCCGGCUGCCACUGGGGCUCAGCAGUAAUGGCCCCUUCUGUCUUCUGAUGCCUGAGCAGAGGUGGGGGAGUCCACUCUCCUUGAUGCAGCUUGCGCCUGGUGGGAGGGGUGAAAUACUUAAGAAGCACCGUGUCUGAACCGUUGCUUGUGGAUUUAUAGUAGUUCAGUCAUAAAAAGAAAAAAAAUUAUAAUAGGCUGAUUUUCUUUUUUUCUUCUUUUUUUUUUUAACUCGAACUUUUCAUAACUCAGGGGAUUCCCUGAAAAAUUACCUGCAAGUGGAAUAUUUCACGGACAGAUUUUUUUUCUCCCCUUCCAAAUUCAGUUCAUUACUAAAGAACAAAGAUAAACCAGCCUCAAUUCCUGCUGCCGCAUCUGGAUGGAGUUUCUUCCCAUGCCCGCCAUUGCUCACCCACCAUCCCAUACUCGUGGUGGGGGGCGGUUUGUAGCUCAUGCUCUUUUCCAGAGAUUACAAAAAUGUAGCUUUUUCAAGAAAGGUGGGAGGGAAGGAGGGAGGACUCAACCUAUAAAAGCAGUGUCCUGCUAGUCAGUUAUAUCACUUUACUCCAGAAGUGCUUCAGUGGGGUUAUCUUGGUGAAUCUAGUGGGACUAUGUCUUAAUAGUUACAUUGAGAUGCUGAAAAAUCUAUCCAAAGUGCUGACAGGUCCUGAAAACUUCUGUUCAGUCUGAAUCAUGUCAUAUUGUCCUGACCCUAAAUCCAACUCACUUUAAAAGUUUGGUUUCAGUUUAGUUUAAAACUUCAAUAAUCUUUCCUUCCAGACUCCUUACCUUGGUCCUCUCCCCUUUCAUCUCCUAACAUACUCUAUAGCUGGUAGGAGGGGGAAGGCAAAAUCUUUUUCAAUUGUCUUUGACUUGGCCAUUUUGAAUUCAGUUAGUUACUGGGUAUAAUUUAUUGCUUUUUACAAAAGAAAAAAAACAUUGUCAAUAUAGGUUUCAUGCUAGCAACGCUUCAAGAGCUAACGGAAGAUGUGGCCACACUGUUUGAUUUUAAGCUUUCUACCUUCUUUUCCUCCUACCUUCCCGUUUCCUCACAUGCCAUACAGUGAGAAGACCUGCCCCUCACUCUUGUAAAUGUAACUGAGAGGUAGGAGCAGAGCCACUGUCUCCAGUGAAACUGAAAUGGUAGACCUGUAAUUGUGGGAAAACUAUAAACUCUCUUGUUACAGCCCUGCCACCCCUUGCUGUGUGUAUAUAUAUAAUACUUUGUCCUUCAUAUGUGAAAGAUCCAGUGUUGGAAUUCUUUGGUGUAAAUAAACGUUUGGUUUUAUUUAUCAAGGUUAGAUUUAAGUUCCCUGUGUAAAGGUCUUGCUGGGUGGGUGUCUCACGUUCACAUCUGAGGGGCCUGCAGCCCUGUACCAUGGAGGCUUCUUAAGGCCUUCAUUUUUUUACACCCCUCAUUGGAUCCAUGGUACUGGGCAGGGCAGAGAGGCCUUAAAAAAGCACCACAAGCCAAAGCGUCUCUGGGGAUUAAGGAUCCUUUGCCAUAAAACUCAUUUUGUGUCUCAGCAGUGCAGGGAUUGGGGAUGGAAAAAUCGCCAGUUUUUGUGUGUUUGUGUGUAAAGUGGAUUUUCCACUGUAAUCCAACCACCUAAGUUUAUCAGGUGCUUCACUGAGGAAGCCUAGUUUUUUAAGCACAAUAGCAAAACCAUCAGCUCUGUAUUGUCUCCUGUUAUUUCAUUACAGUAGCUGCUUGUGGGGACUAGGAAAAAUUCUUCCAACAUAUUUUAAGGCCUGAAGUCUUAGCUUCUUAUUCUCCUACCUUUAUAGAGUCAUAAGCCUUUCUCAUCUGGGCGCCUUAGAUAAAUGUAAUAAUUUGAGGAGUUUAAUUUAAUGAACUUAUCUAACUUUGUAACCCAUCUUGGCUCUAGAAACCUUAUCAAGGUGAUGGCUUUAGUAAGUAUAAUGGUGAGCUUUAGAGAAAGCUAAAGCCUCCUUUUAUAAUGCUUCUCAACCAUAGAGAAAACAUUCUGUGUGGCAGGGUGGUUUUCUUUCUUGUGGCCACUUAACAGUGGGUAUUUAUUGUUCUUGACCCUUUUAUGCCCUAGAAUGCUGUGGGGGUUACCAUUUUGAAUUUGUGCAGAAGCUAAAAGCACCGGAUGUGCCAGAGAUGCAAUUUGUGAUUACAUUUGCACUGGAUUGUGAUUUGAACAGGACACUUAUGACUAAUAAAUUCUUUCUUUUUA